AAAGAGUCUACGCACUCUUACAAUCUAUGGAGGACAGAUUCCUAGAGUUUCUUUUGAUUUAUUUCUUCGUUUAACAUGUCUGAGGACACUAGAUUUGGCUGAUAGUUACCUUGAAGAGCUACCAAAGGAGAUUGGAAAGUUGAUACAUCUAAGGAACCUUAACUUGUCCACGGCAAGGUUUAGAGAACUACCUAAAUCAGUGACUAGUCUUUACAAUUUGCAGAUAUUAGUGCUUCAAGAAUGCAGUAAUCUUUGUAAACUACCUGAAGGGAUUGGGGGAUUGGUCAAUUUGAUAGAUCUUGAUCUGUCAGAAUGGAAUGUCGCCAACUAUGUUACUUACCGGAAGGAAUUGGGAGAUUAGGCAGACUGCGUAGUUUGUCGGACUUCAUUAUCGGUGGGGUGGAGAGAGGAGGAUGUAAGAUUGGAGAACUAAAAGAUCUCAACUUCCUCAAAGGUUCUCUGAGGAUAAUAGGUUUGGGGAGAGUGGAAAAUGGAAACGAGGCUAAGAUGGCAUGCUUGAAGAAUAAGCAACACCUUCGUGCUCUGUAUUUGUAUUUUAAUCAAUAUACGGGUGUUUCACGAGUUGAUGAGGAAGUCGAUGAUGAAGAAGGAGAAAAAGAAGAAAAAGAAGAAGAAGUAGAAGUAGCUGAUGGGGAAGAUAAGUUGUAGAGGAGGAGGAUGGAGGAUGUGUUGGAAAGUCUCCAACCACAUCCAAACCUUGAGAAACUAAUAAUUAGGGGCUAUCCUGGUGUUUUGUUCCCCAAUUGGAUGUUGAGUAGUAGUCAUGCAACCUUCAUGAAUUUCUCCAAUCUGGUUUACUUGGAACUGCGUGGGUGCAGGAAGUGUAAGCAAUUGCCUCCGACUCUAGGGAAAUUACCAUCCCUUGAAACCCUUGUAAUAGGUGGCAUGGCUAAGGUGAAAUUUAUGGGUGUUGAGUUUUUUGGAAUCAAUGAUGAUGGUGCUACAAGAAGUAGUGAUGGAGGAGUGGUGGUUGACACAACAAUUAUAUUCCCAAAGUUGAAAGUAUUUCACUUGUCGAAUAUGUCGAAUUUGGAGGAGUGGGACAUGAGAAUACAUAAACAAGAUCGGAAAGAGUUCAUCUUUAUGCCGUGUCUCCAGUAUCUCUUUCUUUUAUUAUUGCCCAAGUUAAGGUUGUUUCCACAGCACCUUACCCAAGCUACAACCUUGAUGAAAUUGUUCAUAUGGGACUGUCCAAAGUUGACUUGGAUGCAGUUGCCAUCUCCAUCCUCAUCAUCAUCCCAUAAUCUUCCUCCUUUUCUACAAGUUGAGGAGUUGAUUUUAAAGGAAGACGCAGGUUCAUUUUCAAAGGCAUUAGUACGAAACAACCACGUUUUUCUCCCUAAGCUCAAGUUGCUGCGUGUGAGACUAUCACCUUACUCUUCGUUACCUAAAGGCUUAGGGAAACUCACAUCACUUGAGAGUCUGGAUAUCCGAACCUGUUCUAAGAUCAAGUCAAUACCUGAGGAGGUGGGGGAGUUGCAACAUCUCACCGCACUCCAGGAGUUGAGGAUCAUGAGGUGUCCUGCCUUGAGACGACGUUGCCAAAAGGAGAUUGGAGAAGAUUGGAACAAGAUAUCCCACAUCCCAAACAUCUUCAUCGAUGACAAGAAGAUCAAAUGAAGAAGAGGG